AUGCAGCUGCCGGAGGGUUUCUCCCACGUUGGCGACGGGCGUCUGAGCAUCGCUGAGGAACACUUGCUGGGACUGAAGGCGCCGAGGGACAUUGCCGAGGUAUACCAGGUUGCAGACACCUGGAUUGCCAAGGGCAUGUACGGGAUAGUGCGGUCCGCCGUAUCGAAGCAAACGGGCAUUAGCUAUGCAGCGAAAUAUCUACGCCGCCGCCGCCGGGGCCAAUGCUGCCUGAGCGAAAUCAAUCACGAAAUAGCGGUGCUGAUGCUGUGCGCCGACUCUGACCAUGUGGUAAAGCUGCAGGCCGUGUACGAAACGCGCUCCGAGAUCGCCCUCAUACUGGAGCUUGCAACCGGUGGCGAACUGCAGACGCUGAUCGACGAGCAGGGCCAUCUGUCGGAGCAGAAGACGCGCGUCUGCAUGCGCGAAAUUUUGCGCGCCCUGCAACACAUGCACAACAAAUCGAUCGCACAUCUGGACCUGAAGCCGCAAAACAUUCUCCUGGCGGGGAAAUCCGUUGACGAUGGCCUAAAGCUGUGCGACUUUGGCAUUGCGCGCUACAUUGCGGAAAAGAACAAAAUCUACGAAAUCGUCGGUACGCCCGAUUACGUGGCACCGGAGGUGUUGCACUACGAUCCACUAUCCCUGCAGACGGACAUCUGGUCGAUCGGCGUGGUUGCCUACGUCCUGCUGACCGGGCUGUCACCGUUCGGCGGUGACAGUAAGCAGGAAACGUUCCUGAACGUUACCAAAUGCUCGCUCACCUUUCCGGACGAACUGUUUAGCGGAAUUUCGAGCGACGCUAUCGACUUCAUCAAGAGCGUGCUAAGAAUUAAGCCAAAGGAUCGACUCACUGUCGACGAAUGUCUCGAGCAUCGUUGGUUGAAGGAGGAUGUGGUUUGCUUGAGAGAAGAGAUACUUGCCGCCCGUGCCUCAGCGGCACUUAACAAACCCGAGACAAAAGCUGUGAUGAAUGAGAACGGUGGUGUGGGUGUGGAAGGUGGUAGUAGUAGUAGUAAUGUGGCUGUUGUGGUAGCAAAUGGUAGUAACGGUUACAGUAGUAGUAACGUUGAAUCGCCGGUACGAUUGCAUGAAGCUGCUAAUGGAAGCCAGAAAGUAUUGAUGGUAGUGGGAGCGGCGGAGUCUGGCAUCAACAAUACUGUCAGCGCUGCUACUGCUGCAGCUACAUCCGCCGAAGAGGUAUGGUGCGAAACGAGCAGUGCAGGAGAAACUGGUGGAGGAGGAGGAGGAGGAGGAGGAAAAGGGCGAAAAACAUCACCACCGGUAGUAGGGAGUGAGCUGAAGCUGGCACAAACCGGCGGCACCGGUCAGUGUGAUCUAGCGACGAUUAUAGCGGAGGAAAAUAAGGAAAACGUUAUAGUUGUUGGUAGUGGUGGUGGUUUGGUGUCACGUUCACUGUUUCCGGACGCACCCACCACACCGAAGGUGAGCAGAAAGGCACUUCCGGUGGAACCACUGAUCGAUGGGCAUCUGUAUCCGCACCAUCACCACCAUCAUCAUCAUCACCAUCAUCACAACAGUAAUCAAUAUCAACAUCAACAUCAACUGCAUCAUGGUUUUGUACCAACGCACCACCAUGUGCUUAAUCACAACCAUCACCACCACCACCAUCACCACCACAACCAUCAUCAGCUGCAUCCAAUGUCGAACGGUGUGAGUUGUUCACCGUCAACGUGUGUAAAAAAACAUGUACAAAAAAUCCGCCUCCAAUCGCCGGUGGCUGCGCAACUAGAUAGUAGUAGUGAAGAGAUGGCAACACCCGGUACGACACCAUCUCAGCCUUGCGCUGCUAGUAGUAGCGGUGGUGAUGAACGGAACAGCGAACAAUCCCCAAUGUCCGGUUGGGUUGAUCCCGAUGGUAGUAUUGGUAUUCUGGCAACGAUGGCCGAGACAAUGAAUCAUGUUGCCGUACCGGAUGAAGCGGCGUCCGCCUCGCUACCUUGCUCGGACGAAACCACCACCAUCGCCACCUCCUUCCGUCCUCCACCAGGCAGCAGUACACACUGUACGCUAAAGUGUGCCGAACCGCCUAGCGGCGGUGGUAGUAGUGCAACGGACGGUGGCGUGCAUGUAGCACCAACCAACGGUCACAGCAAGGCGCUUCAACCGAGCGACAAGGAUGCCAUUAUCACCUGCUAA